GAGACCUGGUCCGCCCCCGGCCGCCCCCGUCCCCGCGGAGCCGCGCAACUUCCCGGGAGCCUGGGCCAAAGUGAGCGCAAAGUGCUGCCCAAGUUGCAGGGAUGGAGCUGCAGAGCCGGCCCGAGGCGCUCUCCGUGGAACUCGCGCGCCACCAGAACGGCGACCUCAAGAAACAGCUCCACGAGAGGCAGACGCGGAUCGCCGCGCUCAGCGACAAACAAGCUUUGGGAACCAUCACUGCAGUGCCUGUCAUGGGUCCUCAGGUCAGCUCCUUGCAGAGGUUGGCCGGGCAAGGAGCGGCAGUGCUACCUCAGGUUAGGCCAAAGACUCUGAUUCCAGACAGCCUCCCUGUCACCCCAGGCCGGGACCGGCCCCCCAAGCAGCCCCCAACAUUCCAGAAGGCCACCGUGGUCAGCAUCAAGAACCCCAGCCCAGCCCUCCCCACUGCCAACAACACCGUGAGCCAUGUGCCAACGCCCAGCAGCCAGCCCCAGGCCCUGGCCGAGGCCGCCGCCAUCACCUCCCCGCUGAGCAGCGCCGGUGUGGCCUACGCCAUCAUCUCCACCGCCCCCAGCAAUGCCGCCGCCAUGGCCCCCAGCACCGCCGUGUCCGUGGUCAGCGACAGCAUCAAAGUCCAGCCCCUCCUCAUCAGUGCCGACAACAAGGUCAUCAUCAUUCAGCCUCAAGUGCAGACGCAGCCCGAGAGCACGGCGGAGUCGCGGCCGCCCACGGAGGCGCCAUCUCAGGGAGCUCAGGCCACCAAAAAGAAGAAGGAGGACCGGCCCCCGAGCCAGGACAACCCCGAGAAAAUCGCCUUCAUGGUAGCACUGGGCCUGGUUACGACGGAGCACUUGGAGGAAAUCCAGAGCAAGCGCCAGGAGCGCAAGAGGAGGAGCACGGCCAACCCCGCCUACAGCGGCCUCCUGGAGACGGAGAGGAAGCGGCUGGCGUCCAACUAUCUCAACAUGCCCCUGUUCCUCACAGCGAGAGCCAAUGAGGACCCCUGCUGGAAGAACGAGAUUGCCCAUGAUGAGCGCUGUGCUGCCUGCGGGCGAGGGGCCGACCUGCAGCCCUGCGGCGCCUGCCCGGGGGCCUACCACCUCAGCUGCCUGGACCCGCCCCUCAAGUCAGCGCCCAAGGGCGUGUGGGUGUGUCCCAAGUGUCAGCAGAAGGCCUUAAAGAAAGACGAAGGUGUGCCCUGGACCGGGAUGCUGGCCAUCGUGCACUCCUACGUGACCCACAAGACAGUGAAGGAAGAGGAGAAGCAAAAGCUGCUGCAGAGAGGCAGUGAGCUGCAGAGUGAGCACCAGCAGCUGGAGGAGCGGGACCGGCGCCUGGCCUCAGCGGUGAAGAAAUGCCUGGAGCUGAAGACGAGCCUGCUGGCCCGGCAGAGGGGCACCCAGUCGUCCUUGGACCGCCUGCGGGCCCUCCUGAGACUGAUACAGGGCGAGCAGAUGCUCCAGGUCACCAUGACAACCACCAGCCCCGCCCCGCUGCUGGCUGGGCCCUGGACCAAGCCCUCAGCAGCCGCCAUGCACUCUGCCCUCCAGCACCCCCAGGGGCACAACUGACCCCAAGGGACCCAUCUUCACACCCACGGAAAGUCACUGGGACCUUGCUCACAAGACCUGAGGGUUCUGUCAGCCUUAAUUCAUAAACACUAUGAAUUGCAGACAAAAAUAAAACCAGACAGAGACAGAGGAGUGAAGGGAGAAGGAGCUGGGUGAGAAGCCUAGAGCCUGGACGGGUGGGGAUGGAGUCCGACUCCCGUCACAUUCAGACGGGACGCCCGGGAGCCAGGUGGGGGCACACAGUUAGCUCCUGGCUGUUGGGGAGCUGCCAAGGCCUCCGGCUUCUGGGCACAGGUGUCUCCUCGGCCUCGUGCCACCCCCACGGGGGAGAGAGGGCUGAGGCCCCGGAGGGGCCAGGAGGACUGUGCAGCCCAGGCCCCAGGAGGAAGGCCCAGGGGUCCUGUGGGUGGGGAGCUGGGGCACAACGUAGCUGAGCAGUAGAGGUAGCUGGGGCGAGAGUGGGUAGCAGAUCUAGGUAGACGCCGCCGCCCUCCCUCACGGGGCCCGCUGGGCGCGAGCCAGGCCCGGCCCCCGCCUCCCAGACGCCGGCCCGGCCCCAUUGUCAGUGUUGCGGUUCAGACCCGCAGCUGUUAAGCGUGAAGGAGGCGCCUGGGGGAUGCCAGGCUCCGCCGCCGCGUCUUGAGAGCCCUGGCUGCCCGCCUCCUUCCUCUGCUGACUCUGGGACCUGUUCGCUCUCGCUGUCUUUUUCUCAUGGAGUUUUGGGGCAAGAGGGAGCUGCAGCCGUGCCGUGGAGGCGUUUGGUGGGCUUUCUAUUUUUGGUUGAAUCGUUCAACUUCCGACCGAAGCCUUUUGUCUUCUCCCUUCGAAGAGCCGAUAAAGUCUCCCACUCCUCUUGUCUUGCCAGUACAGACACUAUGCCAAAAAGAAACUUUACAUUUUUGUAUGGCGUUUUUAUUGUGAGAUAGUUAAUGUGAAGGGGACACUUGCUAACUUCUUUUUCUGCUCCCAGUGGUCUCUGCUGCCAGGGGCCAAUGGGAAACCCCUCGGGGGUGGGGUGCUGCCAAACUGGACGGAUCCAGAGGGGUUUGAAGAAGUGGGGUGAGGGUUGGGGAGAAGGGAGGGGUGGCCUUGGGAGACCGGAGAGGCCCUCUUCCUGCCGUCCCCCCCGAGAGCCAAGGGUGCCUGCCGGCUUACAAGCUGCAGGCUCGUCACGCCCUCAGCUUCUCCAGUCCCCAGGGACUUAGCACAACAGGAUGAGCAUCCGGGAGCCACAGGGCUCCCACCCCCAGCAUAUCACAUGGUGCCACAUUGCGCUGAACACACGUGUGCGUGUGCAUACGUGGCCCCCGACACGCACGCACACACGCUGCCAGGUGCAGAGCAAGGAGGCUGGCCGGAAUCCCACAGACUGCCAUGGUCCCUCCUGUCAUCUUCACGACUCCGGGAGAAACUGUGCUGUACGAUACAGAUCUAUUUUAAUACACUCAACACUGGGUUGAACAAGAUUUUUAUAUUCUUUUAUUGAUGAACAAAGUGAACUGUGAGACACACGUCUUAUAUAUUGGUUACUCGAGAUGCCAAUUAUGCAUUACCGCGUGGCUUGCGAUGUAAAUGUCUUCAGGUUCCUUUUCUGUUGGUUUGUUUUUCUUCUUGGAUGGAGUGAAUUAAAUUUUUUAAAAACGUACUGGGAGGAUAUGAAAGGUUGGACCCGGGAGAGGUAGCUGCCGAUGUGUCUUGAGACUUAGUUUUUUGGACCGAGGAGGACCGUCCGAUGGAUAGUGAGGAUAGAGAAAAAGUGUUUGUCUUAAAUAUGCUGAUGUAGUUUCCCUUCUGUACGAUGCAUUAAACUCGAUGGAUGAUUUCAAA